AUGUCAGUUGAUGAAAAGGACAAAAUAAAACAACCAAAAGGAAAACCGUCGCGAUGGCAUACAAAAGAAUUUUACUUUUACUAUGUAUGUUUUUGCAUUGUCGUUCCUUACAUGUUUAAAGUCACAUUUAACCUGAGUCAAAAUAAUCACCCAAAUUAUCCAUUAUAUGCACCAUUAUUAUCAGAAGGAUGGAUACUAGGUCGUCAAGUAGACAAUAGUGACGCACAGUAUGCUCAGUUUAGAGACAAUAUACCCAAAUUGAUACCGCUUGUCAUUGUUCAUCUCUUAUUCAGUCAUCUGAACCGCCGACUUCUUCACUUUUCAUCUAUUCGAUUUACUUUAUUGCUGUCACUUGUAUGUGUUAUACUCUUACACGGUGCCAAUGUGAUCAAGAUGAUCAGCAUCAUCUCGACAAGUUUUCUUAUUGGGCGAUUCUGUAAAGGAACAGCAUGGAACCCCUUCUUGACUUGGACCUUCAACUUGGGCAUUCUAUUUCUCAAUGAAUAUUAUGACGGAUACAGAUUCAAGGCAAUCCUUGGACCAUCCUAUGAAUGGCUAGAUCAAUUCGAAGGAGUCCAGGCUAGAUGGCAUAUCCUAUUCAAGUUUGCCAUGCUACGAUUGAUUUCAUUCAACAUGGAUUAUUAUUGGGCCUGUCGCAGUGUAGAAAACAAGGAGAACGUUGAUCGCGGAGAGGCAAUAACAGAUAAAGAGCGCAUUCAGUUACCAUGGAAUGUCGACACGGAUUAUAGCUACUUCAACCUUUUAUCCUAUGUUCUAUAUACACCUUUACUCCUAUGUGGGCCCAUCAUCACAUACAACGAUUUUUUGUCUCAGUUUAAGGUCCCCUCUAAAAAUAUCGACAAACGUUAUAUACUUUUGUAUGCAAUUCGAUUGGUCAUUGUCAUCUUUGUGAUGGAACUCACACUUCACUUUUUAUAUGUCGUUGCUAUCAGUAAAGCCAAGGCAUGGAACGGCGAUUCUCCUUUAGAAUUGAGCAUGAUUGGUUAUUUCAAUCUAGUCAUCAUUUGGAUGAAGCUACUCAUUCCCUGGCGCUUCUUUCGUCUUUGGUCAUUAGCGGAUGGUAUCUGGGUUGAAGAGAACAUGGUACGAUGCAUGAGCAAUAAUUUUUCUGCACAGAGGUUUUGGAAAAGCUGGCACCGCACAUAUAAUCGCUGGACGAUUAGAUAUAUUUAUAUUCCCUUGGGUGGUUCAAAGUACAUUGCCUACAACAUGUGGCUCGUAUUUACCUUUGUUGCUCUCUGGCACGAUAUUGAACUCAAACUCUUGGCCUGGGGUUGGCUCAUUAGUCUGUUCUUGUUGCCUGAAAUUAUUGCGUCCAAGCUGUUUAGUGAAAAAAAGUAUGGAGACAAGCCUUAUUAUCGCUUUGUCUGUGGACUGGGUGCUGUAGGAAAUAUUUUGAUGAUGAUGAUUGCUAACCUUGUCGGAUUCUGUGUUGGUCUUGAUGGUGUGACAGAAAUGCUGACCAAGAUCUUUGGUACUGCCCAUGGUCUCUCAUUUCUUCUUGUGGUCUCUGCUUGCUUAUUUAUCGCGGUCCAAAUCAUGUUUGAAAUACGUGAAUCUGAAAAAAGAAGAGGUGAUCCCAAGUGGAAAAUGUAA